AUGUUUGGGUUAUCACUGUCAGUAUCCUCUGCCUUAAUUGGAGCUUUGAUAUUCCUGGUUACCAUCUGGUUUGUAAGACGUCCUAGAAACCUUCCUCCAGGACCAUGGUCGUGGCCAAUCAUAGGAUACCAGUUCGGCUCAAGCCUAAUCCACGAAGCUUACAUGGAGCUGUCUAAGAAGUAUGGUCCAACAUUCUGCUUACGAAGGGGUCAUAUUCUUGUCGUCGUAUUGAAUGAUAAAGACACCAUCAGACGGGCACUGCUAAAAUCGCCAGAAUUCUUCUCUCAUCGUUACGUACCUGGAUAUGUUAAAUGGGGUAUUCCCGAAACUAAUAAGAACGCUUCUGUUGUUUGGAGUAAUGGCAAACCUUGGGAAGACCAACGUAGAUUCUCUCUACAUGCCCUUCGAUCCUUUGGCUUUGGUAAGAAGAGCUUAGUGCCUCAGAUCAACCUGGAAGCUCGUUACCUUGCUGAGGAAAUCAAGAGUCUCCGAGGUAAACCAACAGAUCUCACGUCCAUACUGAGCAAAGCAACAGCAAACGUUAUUUCCCAACUAGUCUUUGGUAGGCGAUAUGAAUACAACGAUGCGCAAUACCUUGGGGUGUUACAAGCAAUGGAAGAUGUCUUCAGUAUCUCUGAAGCUGACCCUGUCGUAGUCUUUGAGUUCCUCAUUCAUACUCCAUGGUAUAAGAAAUAUCGCGAUGGCUAUUCCACGGUUAGAGAAUUCAUUAUGCCCCAGCUCAACAUACAUCGAGAGACAUUUCAGGAAGAUAACAUCCGUGACUAUGUCGACGCAUUCUUAGCUGAUGAUAUCUCCAAGGAAUACACAUUGGAAGAGUUCUGGAGAAUUGUGUUUGACUUGUUUGGUGCCGGCACAGAAACCACAUCACUGGUUACUUCAUGGGCCAUUCUCUACUUAGCAUCACACCCAGAAGUACAAAGAAAGGUGCAAAUGGAGUUGGAUAGAGUCGUUGGGCGUGGUCGACAACCCACUACAGAGGAUCGCCAAUAUCUACCGUACUGUGACGCCACCUUGAUGGAAGUGAUGCGUAUCAGACCGGUUUUUCCUGUCAUAUUUCGUUUGGCUCCUACGAAUUUUACAUUUGAAGGGUUCUCUUAUCCCAAGGGUACCUUCUUCGUCGCGAACAUAUGGGCUGUUCAUCAUGAUCCUAAAGAAUGGUCCGACCCUCAUGUUUUCAACCCAGAUCGAUUCCUCACUUCAGAAGACCAGAAAAUGAAACAGAAUGAGGCAUUCAUGUUAUUUGGAUUGGGUCGUCGUGAAUGCCUGGGUAUUCAGCUGGCUAGAAUGGAGGCAUUUCUUUUGUUCACCAAUCUUUUCCAACAGUUUGAAUUCAAGCUUCCAUCAGAUGAACCUACCCCUAGUCUUCAAGGUCAGGCUGGGAUGUCGAUGCCUCCUCAAUCCUAUAAAAUAUGCGCUACCGAGCGCUGACAUGGGCAACGAUCACGGUCUAAAAUACAUCCAAUAUAUUGAUGCCUAAAAUGAGAUUUCCUAGGAAAUGUCAAAAAUAGCUAUGUAUCUUUUCUAGUGAGUUGUUGACAUUUUACUGAUUAUCAUAUUAACUCCCCUCUCCCCCGGCCUCUUUUUUAACUUCUGGAGUAAUAUCAUAAAGGCUAUUGAUGGAAACAAAUAUUGUCAGGGGAUAUUUUUAGAUCUGUCAAAGGCAUUUGAUACCAUUUACCAUGAUAUCCUUCUCAAGAAUUUGAACACUAUGGAAUUCAUGGUGUCGCAUUGUCAUGGUUCCGAAAGCUAGUUGUGAGAUAGGACAUAAUUUGUUACUAUAGAUAGAUCUAGAUCCAGACAUGCUACGAUUCAGUAUGGUGUACCUCAGGGUUCUGUUCUUGGUCCCCUGCUGUUUCUGAUCUAAAUAAACGAUUUAAUACAUUCAUCAACAUUAUUCUCAUACUCUCUGUUUGCUGAUGAUACCAGUCUGAUGCUAUCUGAUAAGUCAGUAGAAAAUUUGUUUCUGGUUGCAAAUUAAGAAGCUCUAUUCAUGAUUUUGUUGCAAUAAGCUAUCGUUGAAUAUUCAAAAAACCAAGUGCAGAAUUUUCCGCUCUAAGGGAAAUGGCUUCCAGGGCGUAUAACUUGUCUUCAUGUAGGGGGUCAUGAUGUUAAACCAAGUGCAAAUAUUUUGUUUCUUGGGUUAUACAUCGAUGAGCACCUAUCAUGGAAAACAAAUCAUCUAGACGCUGUCUGCACAAAGGUGUCUCGCACUGUAGGUGUUAUUUAUAGGUUAAAAUAAAUUUUAACUGAAAUGAUACUGAUAACAAUCCAAUAGUAAUGAUCUACCUUAUUUGACAUAUUGUAAAGUUGACUGGGGGAACUCAAGUCUUAUCUCGAUUAACUGAUAGUAUUGCAGAAAAGGGCAAUACGACUUAUAACAAAUUCUAAUUACAGACAUCCAAGUACUCCGUUAUUUCUUCGUCUGAAAAUGCUACCACUGGGUGAACUUGUGUCGUUCAAUUGUGCAUUGUGCGUGUUCAAACUACAAUCAAUGCCUCAAGAAUGUACCUUUAAAAAAUCAUUUCUUCAGAAUUCACAAAUACAUGAUUAUAAUACACGUCAAAAGGAUCUUAUUCGUCAGCCAUUUGCUAGAACAAAUGUCACUCUGACCUUCUUUCAUAUAUCCUGUAUUAAAGAGCGGAACAAUUUACAUGUUGAUAUAAAAAAUAGUAAAACACUUUCAUGUUAAAAUGAUUAUCCAAAAUUUGCCUUCUUGACAGAUUAUGAUUAUUUUCCUUUAAUAUGUAUCUUAAGUUGAUGUAUUUGCAUUUAAGUUGAUGACCUCAUUUAUAUUUAGUAUGUGCAUGUGUGGGUGGAUGUGGUUGUGUGUGAGUGUAUAUAUGUGUGUUUUAAAUAGUUUUCCAUUCUAUUUUAUUUUUAGCAUCUUAACCUUAUUAUAUAUGUAUUUUUUUUUAUCUCGUUUUGGUAUCUUGUAGAUUAGUAUAUCAUGUUUUCUGUUAAUAAUCUUAAGAAUUCCAGGGCCCUACUCACAAGCUUUGCUUUUAAAGGGAUCCUAAAACCAAUCGGCUAUGCUAUAACCUAAUUGAUGAAUGUUCAUGUACUCGUUUACAUUGUAUUUAUAUCUAUUUUGAUUAUGAUGCGAUGAAUUUGGUUUUGAAUGAAUAAACUUGAAACUUUUCUGUUCCUCUCUGUCUCUCUAAUCGCCUACCUCUCCCUUCGAAUUUCAUACCUGUCUCUCUGCCUCUCUGUUUCUUCCACACCGUGUCUAUAUCUCCUUAAACUCACUAUCUAAUCCCUCCUUCAGCCCAAUGCUUACCUCUCACC